GUUGAGCGUUCAACGCCACUCGAAUCCGCAGUACCUUGCCCUUCGUACUUCACCAUCGUCCACAACAGUCGUAGCACGCUUACCGCUCAAGACAUCCUAACACCUGUUUUCUCAUCUUCACAUCGCGAUGGCGCCGAGUUCUGUUCGUUCCUGGUGGCGUUCGCUGCGGCGUUCUCAACUUCCGAGUGACAAUGCUGUCGACCCUACACAAGCUUUAAAUUAUCGCUUAGAUCCUACUGAGGCCAAAAGGCAGAUUGAUCGCAUCCCUCGUUUUCGCAUUCUCGUCAUGGGCAGAGCAAAUGCGGGUAAAACAACUGUUUUACAGCGGGUCUGUAACACUACGGAUCAGCCUGAGAUCUUUGAUGGAACUGGAGAGAAGGUUGAUACUAGGGCGGUGCAGGGUUCAUUGGGGCGUGGCUACCAUAACAUUGAAGAUGAGCUAGUGUUUAAAAGUAACCCGCGCUAUGUGUUCCAUGAUUCAUGUGGAUUUGAGGCGGGGAGCGAGGCAGAGUUUGAUAAGAUGAAGAAGUUUGUUACAGAUCAAGCAAAGUCCACCAAACUGGAGAACAGACUGCAUGCAAUUUGGUAUUGCAUUCCUUUGAAUGAAAGCCAUAGGAUGGUCAUGGCUGCUGAAAGGAAGUUCUUUAAUGAGUGUGAUUCAGGACAUGUUCCUGUGAUUGUGCUACUAACAAAGGCAGACACCUUAAAUCUUGAUGCAGGUGCAGCAGCUUAUGAGAAGGGGGUUAACUGUAGAUGAUGCAAUGAAAGAGGCACCAGGGGUAGAAAAACAGCUGCAAAAGGGACUGC